UUUCAGGUUUGAUGUGCACAUCUUGCUCGUACACAAAUGUCACCGUCGUCGAGCGCUACUCUGUUAAAUAGGUGGUGGAGAGUGGAUGCUGAUGGGGGACGAAAAAGAGACCUGGAAAGUUAAAACUCUUGAUGAAAUACUCCUGGAGAAAAAGCGCAGAAAAGAAUUAGAAGAACGAACCGAUACCAAGUGCCAAAAAAAUUUUUCCCAGAACAGUGUUCCACAGGCGGAUGCUCGGGAAGCCAAGCGAGAGACCCCGGAGGAAGGAGAACUACGAGAUCAAAAGAUGGAAAUAACAAUUCGUAAUUCCCCCUACACCAGGGAAGACUCAACAGAGGACAGAGGAGAAGAAGAUGAUUCUCUAGCAAUUAAGCCUCCACAGCAGAUAACAAGGAAAGAGAAAUCUCACCACAGAAAAGAGGAGAAGAGAAAAGACAAAAGACGCCGUCGUAGUCACUCUGCUGAGGGAGCAGGGAAACAUGCACGGGUCAAAGAUAAAGAGACUAAAGAGAGGGAGCGCGAUCGGCGGAAGCGUCAGUGGGAAGAGGACAAAGCCCGGCAAGACUGGGAGCGACAGAAACGAAGGGAGCAAGCCAGAGCUCAUUCACGAAGAGAGAGACCCAGACUGGAUUCUCCUGGGUUUUUUUUGGACCACAGGGACCGGCUGGAACAGCAAGAGCGGCAGCGCGAGCGUGACCGGAAACUGCGUGAGCAGCAGAAAGAGCAACGGGAGCUGAAGGAUCGAGAGAGGCGAGCCGAAGAGCGACGCAAAGAGCGAGAGGCCCGGCGAGAUGUGCCAUCACACCAACGAAUGUUACCAGACGAGUAUGGUGAGAAGUCGAAACAAAGCCACCGCAGCCGCAGCCCUGUUCAUGUUCCCCGGGAUAGACCGGAACAGGGGGAACUACGAAAAAAUACAUUAAAGGAGGAGAAACCAGAGCUUGAAGACUUACUUGCAGAUCUUCAAGACAUCAGUGACAGCGAAAGGAAACCUAGCUCUGCUGAGUCUUCCCCAGCAUCAGGAUUUGCCUCUGAGGAGGAGGGGGAAGAGUCCAGCAGUCAGAGUGAUGAGGGUGAGGAAGGAGAAGAAGGAGAGGAGGAAGGAUCUGUCUCAGCGUCUGGUUCAGGGAGAUCUGAACAGAGUGCAGAGGAUGUGAGUGAGGAGGAUCAGUCAGAAGAGGAGUAUGAAGAGGAGCAGAAUGGAAAUCAUAUACCUUCAGUACCAGAGUCCCGUUUCGACCAUGAUACAGAGGAAAGUGGUGAGGACAUGGAGGAGGAGGAAGAUGAGGAAGAGGAGGAGGAUGAAGACGAAGACGCAGGGGAUGGUGACCCUACGCCUCAGUCUCAGAUACAUUCGCGUACACCCACUCCUGAAGGGAACUAUAUUCCUGACUCCCCUCCUAUUUCACCUGUGGAGCUGAAGAAGGAGCUGCCCAAAUACCUUCCUGCUUUACAGGGUUGUCGCAGUGUGGAGGAAUUCCAGUGUCUGAACCGAAUAGAGGAAGGAACAUAUGGUGUGGUGUACAGGGCCAAGGACAAAAAGACUGAUGAAAUUGUGGCCUUGAAAAGGCUAAAGAUGGAGAAGGAGAAGGAGGGCUUCCCCAUCACAUCUUUGAGAGAAAUCAAUACCAUAUUGAAAGCUCAACACCCCAACAUCGUCACAGUGAGGGAAAUAGUUGUUGGAAGCAACAUGGACAAGAUCUACAUUGUCAUGAACUAUGUUGAGCAUGACCUCAAGAGUCUGAUGGAAACCAUGAAGCAGCCUUUCCUGCCAGGUGAAGUCAAGACGCUGAUGAUUCAGCUGCUUCGAGGAGUGCGUCAUCUCCACGAUAACUGGAUUCUGCACCGUGAUCUGAAGACGUCCAACCUGCUGCUUAGUCAUAAGGGCAUCCUGAAGAUUGGUGAUUUUGGUCUUGCGCGUGAGUAUGGAUCACCCCUGAAGCCCUACACUCCUGUGGUUGUGACCUUGUGGUACAGAUCACCAGAGCUGCUGCUCGGAGCCAAGGAGUACUCCACAGCUGUCGACAUGUGGUCUGUGGGCUGCAUAUUUGGCGAGCUCCUCACCCAGAAACCUCUCUUCCCUGGAAAAUCUGAAAUUGACCAAAUUAAUAAAAUAUUCAAGGAUCUGGGGUCACCCAGUGAGAAAAUUUGGCCGGGCUACAACGAGCUGCCUGCGGUGAAGAAGAUGUCUUUCACAGAGUAUCCCUACAAUAACCUGCGAAAGCGCUUUGGUGCGCUGCUCUCAGACCAGGGAUUCGACUUAAUGAACAAAUUCCUUACUUACUGUCCCGCUAAGAGGAUCCUGUCUGACGAGGCACUCAAGCACGAGUACUUCCGUGAGACGCCGCUGCCCAUCGAACCAUCCAUGUUCCCAACCUGGCCGGCCAAGAGCGAGCAACAGAGGGUAAAGAGAGGUACCAGUCCUCGUCCACCCGAGGGAGGCCUGGGCUACAGUCAACUGGGGGAUGACGACCUAAAGGACACAGGCUUUCACCUGACCACCAGCAAUCAGGGAGCGUCUGCUGUCGGACCAGGAUUCAGCCUCAAAUUCUGAGUCUGAGUUUCAACGGAAAGAGCACGAAAUGCCUGCCUUUGGACUGAACUGUAAACAAGAUCAAUCUGUGAUCAAUUAGGACUAUUAACAAGGACUGUCUAACAGCAAGACUGGUGGCGCUGAUACGUUCCAUUUCCAACUCUUACGACGGCCCUUGCUACCAUAUCCAAUGUUGCAAUUUUAAGAGGUAGCUUUGUGCUUCUGUUUUGUCUUUUAUUUCCAUUUUUUGUACUUCAUGAUAGAGGUUCCAGUUUUAUAAAUGGUGAUUACAGAUGGUGAGCUACUGUGUCAUGAUACAACAUUAGCUUUUCCACCUACCACUAUUAUGACUAUUCGCUGAGAAGAUAAGGGCAUAUUUUUUGCUGGAAAUAAAGUUUGAAACUGUC